CAAGCUGUCACAUUUUUAGUAAGUUCAUGGAUAUUAUACUGAGGAUUUUCGCGAUCUUUCAUUCUGCCUGAGAUAUAUCCACUACGUUGAUUUGAGAGGAAUGAGGCAAAGGAUGGAGGUUUCCCAAUUGGUAAAGAACCAGUGCCCCCUACUCCUCUCGCUUGAGAAGAGCAGGUUGAAGAGCGCAGGGCAGGCGGAAUGCAGCCCGCUAGUCCCCUUCUCCUUCCUCCCCGUCCACUUCCCUGUCCUGCGGGAACUGCGCACCCUGUCCAUCGGCAACAUCUCCCAAGCAGCUCUGGAGGAGCUCUUCAUAAACUGUCGACGACUGGAGACCUUGGUUCUGACCGACAAGAUGGCGCCCAGCAACAUCUACGACAUUCGGAACAUAGGUCUCUGCAAGAUGCUGAAGGCGCUGCUGCUGCCAUUGGAAAUCGGUACUCCGCUGGCCAUCUGUCACCUGGGGAACCUCACCCACCUCACUCUUCAGCGCCAGAAGCUCUGGCCGGGAAUGGACUGGCUGCCCACCGUGCAGGCCAUCAUACAGGCCAAGCGGUUCGACCUCCAAGGACUUAGCUUCGAUGGCUCCUGGCUGGUGGCCCCUUUGAAUCUGUCCCAGCUCCAGCUGGCCCAGUGCACUGCUCUCACGGAGCUGAGACUGAGCAACUGCAAGCUGGACGAAGUGGGCGGUCCGCCGUUGCCCUUCUGCUGCCAGACAGUCAGCUUCCGGAGAUGCACCCUGAUCAAGCUUCACAGCUACAUAAAGACCCAUCCGCUGUUGAAGGAGCUGGAGCUGUUCGACUGUCGCGUGAUGUGGGAGGCCGACCUGCUGCGGCGCAUCGUGAGCCUAAGGAGGCGCCAGCCAGUUCUCGGACCACUCCUGCUCACCUUCAGCCAGUCGACGCAGCUGAGAUCGGAGUACACGAAGUGGACCAAGCAGCAUCUGGAGGCAUUCAGCCAGUGGCUGCUGAUGAAGGAACUGGAGCCACAGGAAGCGAAUACCUGGAACCAGCCAAUCGGUACGGUUUCCAUGAGGUUCUCCUCAACCAUCAACUAUCUGCCCAAUCUCAGGCUUCCGGAGGAGACCAUUCCUAAUGCUGCUUUUAUAGUCACGAAGUUGGGUCUUUUGUAAUUGGAUUUGAAGUUUGAAGAACUUUGCACGUAUAGGAAAACUAAUUCGUUUGUAUUUUCUUCAUAUUAUUACAUCAGUUCCAAACGAAUUAAUUUUAACGGAAUUUAAAAGAAAGUAUUGAUAUGAAACGGUUACCUUUUAAAAAUUGAUUUUAAGUCAGGCAUGAAUUAAACUCAAAACGAGUAGUUCCACUUAUUCAUUUAGAGAAUAUUUUAAAAUGAUAUCCUAAUUUUAAUGUGUCCGCUUCGACAUCUUUUAAAAAACACACAGAGUAAGACUUGCUAAUCAACUAGUCAAGAGUACGAGGAUUUAAGUAAAAGAAUGUAUCUCUCGAACAAGAAUUUGGUUUUUAUCAAAUUUUAAGAUGAAGUAUUAUAGACAAGUGUGAAAUUAGAACUGAGAUACAAUUUAACAUACAAAUUUUAAACUACAAAUAUCUGUAUUUAAUAAACUCUCUUGCAAAUCUGUGACCUCAAGUCUAUCAAAUUUAUAAAAAUUUUAGUCAGAAAAAUAAGUUAAUAAAAUUGUGCUUUUAUAAUGAA